GAGUGUAGGAAUUCCAAAAGAUGAGCACCACUUUCACAGAAACUACAACCACCUCUAUCAAGCUAGAAAAUCCAGAAAAUGUUACAGAAAUACAGUCAUAUUUGGCUGGAUUCCAGAAGGAAAUUGUUGGAGAAACCACAGCACAACAACCUACUAUUGAAAUAGGUGAAGACAACACAGUUGAACAUGAAGAAGGAACAUAUUUUGUUGAUCAGGCUGGGCACUACUAUUUUCAAGCAAAAGGUGAUAACCAACCGGUGAUGACUGUAAUGCCCCCCAUAAACAACACAGGGGAUUCAGACGAAUUUACCGUGAACCAGGAAAAUGAAGAAGAUGCUGAAGAAACAGAUGAUCCUGUCUUAGAACAUGGGGACAACAACCAAAUACUCAUCAAUUCUGGAAACGCCUACCAAAGAGUGACUGUCGUCCCCUCUGAUAAUAAUUCAGGGGAACUAAGCUAUGUUCUAAUUGUACAAGACCCAGAUUUGAGAGAUAAUGAACAGACGGAUGGAGAACAAGAUAUGGCAGUGUACGAUUUCGAUGAGGGGGAAGACAACAACCAGCUUGACUCUGACGAGGAGGACGACAAGAGCAAGAUUGUCAAGAUUUUACCGCGCAAGUCACAGGUUGUUUCGCAGGCGCACAUGUGCAAUUACUGCAACUACACCAGCCCGAAGCGCUACCUGCUCUCCAGGCAUAUGAAGUCGCAUUCUGAAGAGAGGCCGCACAAGUGCAGCGUGUGCGAACGCGGCUUCAAAACGUUGGCGUCGCUGCAGAAUCACGUCAAUACACAUACCGGUACCAAGCCGCACGGCUGCAAGUAUUGUGAGGCGGCAUUCACCACUUCAGGCGAACUCGUGCGUCACGUCCGAUACCGCCACACUCACGAAAAGCCUCACAAGUGCACCGAGUGCGACUAUGCUAGCGUUGAGUUGUCGAAAUUGAAGCGUCACAUCCGAUGUCACACCGGCGAGCGACCGUACCAGUGCCCACACUGCACCUAUGCUAGUCCAGAUACGUUCAAAUUGAAGCGUCACCUGCGAAUACACACUGGCGAGAAACCGUACCAUUGCGACAUCUGUCCGCAGCGAUUCACACAGUCCAACAGUCUGAAGGCCCACAAGCUGAUACACAACAUUGGUGAUAAACCCAUAUUUCAAUGCGAACUUUGUCCGACGACGUGUGGGCGGAAAACCGACUUGAGAAUCCACGUGCAGAAAUUACACACUUCGGAUAAGCCGUUGAAGUGCAAGAGGUGCGGAAAGUCUUUUCCAGAUCGGUACAGUUAUAAGUUGCACAACAAAUCGCACGAGGGCGAAAAGUGCUACAAGUGCGAACUCUGUCCGUACGCUUCGAUAUCGGCGCGCCACCUCGAGUCCCACAUGCUCAUCCACACCGACGAGAAGCCCUACCAGUGCGACCACUGCGACCAGUCUUUCAGGCAGAAACAGUUGCUCAGACGGCACCAGAAUCUGUAUCACAACCCAGAGUAUAUCCCUCCGUCGCCGAAAGAGAAGACCCACGAGUGUCCGGAAUGUACGAGAGCGUUCAGGCAUAAGGGCAAUCUAAUCAGGCACAUGGCUGCCCACGAUCCAGAUCCCAAUGUCCAUCAAAAACAGCUUGAGCUCAAACUGGGCAGGCAGAAAAAGGUGCAGAUGAUCGAUGGACAGCAGGUAGAGGUGAUGCAGGGCAUCGGCUCGGACGAGGAGGAAGAGAUCGACAUGAUGGCCGUCGAGGGCUCCGACGGCCAGCAGUACGUCGUGCUCGAGGUCAUCCAGUUGGCGGACGGCGACGAGCCGACGAUGGUGGUGGGGGGAGAGGGGCCGGCAGGCGGCGGCGAUGAUGAACUGCUGGGGCAGAGCAUCUUGCCCGACAACGAUUUGAACGAUGAAGAAGUUUUGAAAGCCCUACAAGCUGCAAGGAGAAUAACAAAGCAAGAAAUGGAAGAGGAAGAGGAGAUGGAGGAGGAGGAAGAAGAAGACGAGAAAAAAGUAUCGACCGAUAUGCAGAACUGUUUCGGAUUUGACGAUGAAGAGGAAGACGAUGAUGGAGUUAGGGCGGGAAAAGAAACAAUUACGCUUUUAGGGGUAUAAGGGAGGGGGGUAUUCAGUAAACCCUAAAUUUUAAAGUAAUUUCUUAGCACUUUUGUAUAAUGUUGAUAUAAAUAUUCGACUUGUUUUCAAGUAGUAGGUCGAUUUUUGUUGGUCUACAUUGAUUAAGUUUUAUAGACAUCACUUUUUGUACAUUUUUGUAAAUAUGGUGCACUUAUUGUAAUGAUCCAAUUUGAUUUUGCAUGUAAAUAUUUUGUUUAUAGAUAUGUAUGAAGAGGUUAAUUUUCAAUAAUAAAGAUUUAU